AUGAUGGAUAGUGCUCUUUUUUCUUGGCUUCUUUCAUCCAUUGGUCCUUCCGUUCUUCCUUCUUUGGUUAACCGUAAGACUGCUUCGGAUAUAUGGGAAAAGAUUCAUCACCUUUUUUCAGUUUCUUCUACUACGAAGAUCAUGCACUUCCAUUGUUCGUUGAAGACCCUUAACAAGCAUAAUCAAAGUAUACCAGAGUAUCUUGCUCAGAUUCAUGUGAUCUACAACAGUUUCGUUGCGUGCGAUAAUCCUCUUACUGCAACCAUGCACAUUUCUGCCAUUCUUUUUGGGCUGCCACUGGAGUUUGAACCGAUGAGUGUUUCGGUUAAUAUGGUUCAAGGCUCUACUCAUAAUUGGUCCUCUCUUAGGAAAAGCCCACUAGAUAAUCCGUCUGGGUUUUUUCAAUUAGGGAAAGAUGGUCAAAAUCAGUUUUCUGGACAAAAUUAUUACCCUAAUUACUCUAUGGCUGGGUCGAGUGGUAUGUAUGGAGUUAGAUCGACGUACUCUUCUCACCGGUCAUCUCAAGAUCAAGGGUUUUCUCAGGGGUCAUAUGCCUCGACAAACUAUCGUGUUACUGAUGAGUUGUUCGGGGAGCCAGUGACUCAACAUGAUUCUAUUCAUGGGGAUUUGGAGACUCAUGAUGUCAACACAGUCAUUGUUGCUGAUGGGUUUGGUACCAUUGGAUAUGAAGAUACUACUUGGUACCUAGACUCCGGUGCUACUACUCCCCUCACUCCCGACGCAGGUAUGGUUCUUGAUUCUGCCCCUUAUAUUGGUCCAGGUAAAGUAUCUGUUACUAAUGGAAAAAAUAUUCCAAUUUCUAAGAUUGGUCAAGCAAUCUUACCUUCUCAGUCAAGAUCUUUGGUGUAA